CGGAUAUUGUAAUUGUAAAUAUAAUAUUUAUCACUAAAACUAGGCUUAAACAUGGCCAGUUUAUUAAAAGCAGCAACAGCUACAGUUCGAAACUCGGUUUGGCAGACACGUACGAUUGUAACCACAACACCUUCGUUGAUUAAAGAAAUCCAUGAAACACAUGAAAAUAAUGCCGUGAUUUACGAGGGUGUCAGUGUUAAGUCACCACGUGCCGAGAAAAUGUUAAAAGCCGCAUGCGACACGAAGUUCUGUCCGGAAUGCACUCUCGGAUUGGAUAUCAAACACACGGACGUACUUAUUCUGUCGCAAUAUGUUCGCUCCGACGGCUGCAUGUUGCCGCGACGCAUCACAGGUUUGUGCUAUCGGCAGCAGAAGAAAAUGGGAACGUUGGUUACGAUGGCCCAAAAAGCGGGGCUGAUGCCCAACUUGGCACCAUCGUGGAGCAAAAAAGACCCAAAGAAGCGUUUCGGUUGGCGCAAGUUCAACAAGUAUUUCCUCGAGUCAACGAUCAAAUACUGAAGUUUACAAAAUAAGGCCAAUAAAACGUUAAAAUGUGUAUUUGUUUUAUAAAA